AUGUAGAAAUGCUUGAAGCAUAAAAGCAACAGACAAGUGUUUGCAGAUCUGCUUAUUAAAGGCUUACCGCCCAGUGUGUUCGGAUCCGAACACACAGUCGACAUGGGUUUUAUGGUAUAGUCUAAAAUUUCCGGACAAUAAAAGGGCCCAAGGUUAAAGAAUUUAUUUCAAAACAGAGAGGUACGUUGUGGCUGUCUGAUUCUAUCGGCAAUUGAGCUGUGACGAUGAAACAUGUUCUAUGUAUUGAUCUGUUAUGAAACGAGUAAAGUAAAAGUAUACAGUCAAAAGUAAAAGUUGAGAUCAAGGGGGAGAAUGUUAGGAUAAUCUCCACCGUAUGGGCCCAACGGCCCACCGGGCCCUUAGAUCCGCGCCCUGAUCGGGGGUGCUCAACCCACUAUGGGUGACGGGCCCCUGUCACCUGCACUAUAUAAAGAGAUGGGGGUCGGCGGCUCGCAUCACGAGGUUUGUCGCAGCGCCGUACACCCCAUCUAAUCCCCUACCGAUCUAGGGUUAGUUCAGUGCUGAUGGGAAGCACCGCCACCACCACUCUCUGCCAUCACGCCGGCACCGGCGCCAUAGCCGGCAACCGGAGCUCCUCGAGCCACAAGGAAAGGUAAUACCUAUCACCGUUGCCGGAAUCCUAGCCUAACCGAUCCACAAAGUCUAUCAGUCUCCUCUACACUUCCAAAUCCACUCGUGAGAGUGUCGCAUGCCUCUACAGCCUCGCAGAGAAGCGAUCGUACAAGUUAACCCUCCCGGAGCCGCCUAUCCGCACUAGGUGUUUGAUCGGGUCCUCACAUGGCUGGCUGAUAACUGCUGAUGAGAGAUCUGAGAUGCACCUCGUCAAUCCGGUCACAUGUGAACAGAUUGCUCUCCCUUCAGUGAUCACAAUUGAGCAGGUGAGGCCCAUCUUUGAUGAGAAUGGUGCUGCCCACAAGUAUGAACUCUCAUGGCACACUGGAAUGCACGAUGGUUAUAACUCACCAUCAAUCUUUGCUCUUGACAACCUGCGGCACGAACUCCACUAUAAGGCAUAUGUGUUCUCCGAUGCAUCCACGGAAAGCUUCAUUGUGGUGCUCAUCCACAAUCCAAUGCGUCAGCUCUCUUAUGCAAGGGUAGGGGAUGACAAGUGGACCUGGCUGCCACCUCAUGAUAUCUAUGACGACUGCACUUACAAGAAUGGCCUAUUGUAUGCAGCGACUGCAACUGGAGAAAUUCAUGCUUUUGAUCUUAGUGGGCCUUUCGCCAGUAUGAAGAUAAUUAUGGGGGCAUCUGAGAAUGUUUCAGCUGGCAGUGUGUACAUCGUUCAAGCUCCCUGGGGUGAUCUGCUGCUUAUUGGGAGAAUCUUUGGGGAUUAUGAUUUAGAACCUGAACCUGGGGCAUCUGUGUUUUGGCAAACAGGCAGAAUUAAUAUGUAUGAAGUUGACAAGGUGGCAAGUAAACUUAAGGAAAUCAAUUCGUUGCGUGCCCAUGUGUUAUUUCUUGGGCAUAAUCAAUCUCUUUGUCUCAAUGCUGAAGAAUAUCCAGCACUCAAGGCAAAUCAUGUCUACUUUACUGAUGAUAGUUUUUUCUGGACAACGGGAUUGAAGAAUAAUCACUGCGACAUGGGAGUUCUCGAUUUGGAUGAUAAUAGCAGGGAGGAAAUUAUAUCUCCUCAUCUUUGCUCCAACUUUCCGGCUCCUAUGUGGAUUACGGCUGAUCUUAGAAAGAUGAACUUGGCAUCAGUAGGGGUAGCUUGAAUACUCGCUGUCCUUAUUGGCCGAACAACAGGUGAGCAUCUCCAUCUUAGCACCAAUGAUCCAGAAUGUCUCGUGGCAGUGGCACUAUGACAAUGGAACUAUUGGGUUUGGUCUUUGGAUCCUCAACAAGCCUCAGACUACGGAUGGCAGACAUACCCGGACAACCCCCUUCGCUGCUCAUUC